GACUACAAACAAAUCCCUAGAAAUUGUAAAGAAUGGAGAACAACAACCAGUUACCACCGUCGUACUCGCAGCCGCAGCCGCAGACGGAAUCAUCCAACAUACGUGACUACUGGAUUGAGCAGAUGGAAAACGUCACAGAUUUCAAAAACCGUCAGCUUCCAUUGGCACGAAUAAAGAAGAUUAUGAAGGCCGACCCUGAUGUGCACAUGGUCUCAGCCGACGCUCCGGUCCUCUUUGCCAAGGCUUGCGAGAUGUUCAUUAUGGAUCUCACGAGCCGCUCGUGGCGCCAUGCCGAGGAGAACAAACACCACACGCUUCAGAAAUCGGAUAUAUCCGCAGCAGUGGCGAGCACUUAUACCUACGACUUCCUUCUCGAUGUUGUCCCUAAGGACGUUGAUCCCGGCUUUGCGCCUAUGCCACAUCCCGACGGUGUACCGCAGUAUUAUUAUCCACCGGGAAUUUAUCCGUCGCCGCCGACGCAGGCGUGGCCCGAGGAGGCUGGUGAGGAAGAAGAUGAGGCUGAGGGGAGUGGAAGAAACGGCGGUGGAAACUAGGGUUUGAAACCGCCUUUGUGGUGAUUUGAAGUUUGGUUAAGUAUUUUUUUUUGGUUUUUAAAUUGUUGGGAUAUGUUUUUCAUGUGAAUAUGGUUUCGGAAUCGUAAACAAUGUGGAAGGCAAAUAAUUAUUAUUUAGUUCUUUUAAGACUGGUGAGAAUUUA